AUGAAUAAUCGUGAUUUUAGUCAAGUCUGUGAAGAUUUUUUGAAACAAUUAGUUGAACUUGAGAAUGAUAAUACUGAGGCAAAUAAAGUAUUUAAGAAUUUUAAUAAAGAACUCAAUCCAAUUGAUAGAAAUAGAAGACAAAAGAAUACUCUAAAAAAAGAAACAUGUGUAGCAAUAAUUGAAAAAUUUUAUGAAGUUACCAAAUUGAAUAAAAAUUUAAAUAGUAUUUGGGGAAAUUAUACAAAUAUUUUAAAAUAUAAUGAAAUAAAUUGUAGAAAAAAAUUAAUAAAAUUAAUGGAAAAUGAUUGUGAAAAGGAAACAAUUCCUCCAGGAGUCUUGGGACUAUUUUUUAAUGAAAAAAAUGACUUAGCUAGAUAUAUUACUAAAAAAGAAAUUGUUAUUCAGGCAAUAUGUAUUGUGGAAAAUAUUUCAAUUAAUAGUUUGGAGAAAUCAAAAGUUAUUAAAGAUAUGGAAGAAUUCUUUUUAAGUAUAGAUGGUAAUUUUUUAAAAAAUUUAAAUAAUUCAUCUAUAAUGAGUGAAGACGAGAGAGAAGAAUAUUUUGAAGACUUUUAUAAUAGAUAUAAAAUAAAAAAGGAAUAUGUUAUUGAACUUUAUCUAAUUAUUGAAAAUGUUGAUAAAUUUUCACAAUUAUUUGAUAUUUUUAAGGAAACUUUUGAUGGAAGUAUGGUAUUAGAUACAUCAAUUUCUGUUUUUAAUGAUCCAUCAGAUUUUGUUUCAUUCAAUAAAAUUUCUAACAUCAAAAAACUUUUAAAAAAUUUUCAAAAAAACAUAAUAAAAGAAAGUGUAUUUUUGGAUAAUGUCUAUAAAAUGUGUAUAGAAGAUAGCAGUAAUAAAAAAAUACUUCUUAAUUUUAUGGAAAAAGAUAUCUAUCCAAAAGAACUUGUAUCAAUUAUUAAAGAUUUUGAGAUGACUUCUUAUGAUAAUGAAAUUCCAAAAAAAUUUAAUUUUCUAUCUUCCAAUGAUAAUUUUCCAUCAUCUAAGAAAUACUAUUUUAAUGAAUCUAACAUUGAUAAUUUAACCAUCUUCAAUACUAUUGAUAGUGUUAAAAUUUUAGACAAUGAAAUAAUUAAGUCAUUAGAGAUAAAUCCAACUGAAACCCCAUUUUUCUUUUUUGAUAUUAAAACUAUGAUUAUGUACAGAAAAGAAUAUUUAGCAUACAUAACUAUAAAGCGUGGAAAAUCAUUUUGGAUAAUUAAUUGUAUUAAUCCUGAAAAUCAAGUUUUUGUAUUUGACUUCUUAGAGAAAAUUUUUACAAACAUAGACAUUUCAAUUGUUAUGUAUAAUUUCCAACAAACAAUGAAUAAACUUUGUUCAUUUUUUAAACUUGCAGAAAAAAAAAUGAAAAAAACAAUAUCAAACAUUUUCAGCAUUCAUUUGAUAAUUAAUAGUUUUGUUCACAAGAAUAGUGAAGAUCCUGAAAUAAAAAAAAUUUUUCCUUUUACUUAUAAAGAUGUAUUUGUUUAUAAUGAUGAAUUUAAGAAUCUUUCCAAUAAAAAUCAAAGUAUAAAGUUUGUAGAAAAAAUUUUAGAUGACGGAGAUUCAGUUAUGUCACAAACUAUUAAAAACAUUUGUAAAGAUUUAUCUUUUUCUCAAGCUGUUCAUUUGAUUUUGGAAAAACCAUUUGAUGAGUCUGAAGAUACUAAAUAUUCAUUUUGGCAAAGGAAUCCAUUAAGAGAAGCACAAAUGUUAUCAAUGAAAAUGAGACUAAAUGCUUUAGAAGAAAUGUUUAUGAAAUUAAGAGAAAUAAUAAAUAAAAAGAUGAAUUUAAACUAUAAAAAGAACUAUAUCCCAAGAACGGAAACUUUCUUCAACAAAUACAAACUUGCAAUCAAUUAA